AUGGAUGGUAGCUGUUGCACUAGCCGAUUUACCUGGGAUCAUGGAGGAACCGAAACUCUAUACGUACUGGAGGUUAAAGAUGGAGUGAACACAAAGCCCCAACGUAAACAAAACCACUCUCUCGUACCGAUCUUUCCCGUAUCACCAUGGAAACCGAUCGCACAACCGGCAGCACUCCUGGAUCCAUCGAAUCGCCGCCUCAGCUUCCGCCACCAGAACCCCACCAUCACCACGACCACACCAGCGCCUGCGUCAACUGCGGCGGCCCUACUUCCUUCCCACCACCACCAACAUGGUCCGAAACCUCUCCUCCGCCGGUCUACCGCCCCAUUCAUUCGCGCUCCCGCAAUCAACCUCCCUCCCAACAACAACGCGCAACAGACCAUUAUACUGACACCAGUUCCUCAAGCCCAAAAGGUCUCCGUCGUCUCUCCACCCUACCACUUCCAAACCCCGACCAAAAUUAUUCACUCCGAAGACGAUAUCCGCCGUUUCCGUGACUCUGCUACUUCCAAAAACUACCUCGGCUUCGUCGUCGCCCUCUCAGAAUCCAUCCGCGGCCACAAGAUCUCUGAUCCAUGUCACAUGUCUCCCACAAUCACCUCCAUCAUCUCCAUCCUUCAAACCCUACUUCAAUUUGCAGAUGAAAUUCCUCCUCUCCAACAGUCUGCUCGAUACGGUAACCUCGCGUAUCGGGAUUGGCACAGCCGUAUGACUGAAAAUGCGGAUUCCUUAACGCUCCAAUUCCUCCCCGCCGAUCUCAAUUCCGCCACCGUGGAGAUAACCCCUUACUUUACCGAUAGUUUUGGGAAUGCGAGCCGAAUAGACUACGGAACUGGACACGAGACUAAUUUUGCUGCCUGGCUGUAUUGUCUUGCGAGAUUGGGAAUCAUCAAGGAAGAGGAUUACCCAGCUGUUGUUUCUAGGGUUUUCGUGAAGUACAUUGAACUCAUGCGAACCUUGCAGCUGGUUUACUCUUUGGAGCCUGCUGGUUCACAUGGGGUGUGGGGGCUUGAUGACUACCACUUCUUGCCUUUCAUUUUUGGGUCUUCGCAGUUGAUUGAUCACAAGUAUAUGAAGCCCAAAUCAAUCCAUAAUGAGCACUCGCCAUUGCUGGAUGAUAUUAGCGGGGUGCCGAAUUGGAAGAAGGUGAACAGUGGAUUGCUUAAGAUGUAUAAAGUGGAGGUCAUGGAGAAAGUUCCCAUUAUGCAGCAUUUCCUCUUUGGUUGGCUCAUCAACUGGGAGUAAAUUUAGAGGGAGGGAGCAGUUUUGAGUUUUGAGUUUUGAAGCAAACAUGUUGAACUUCAGGUUUAGACACUACACUUAUUUAAAAGAUGACUUUUAUAUUUUGCUUAACAUGAUCAUGAUCAUGUAUUUGAUUGCUAUGCCAAUAUUACUUACUUAACAUGUGUUUAGUUUGUAGAAUAUUACACCUUUUUCCUUGUCUUCUAUUCCUAAACUAUCUAUUCUAAAACAUCAAAGUACAGCC